AUGGCAUCGACAUCCCCAGCUUUACUGAGCCUCAUUCCUAUCGUCCCAACGAUGGGAGCCUGCUUGAUCGGGGUUUACCUUUCGUCUGUGUUCUACGGGGUGACGCUGCUGCAAACAUAUCAGUACUUCUACAGGUACUGGGGUCGUGAUAAGUUGUACAUCUACUCUCUCGUCGUGCUUUUGACGAUAUUGGAUUCCCUCUCAACGAUAGCCAAUAUGUAUUCCAUGUGGUACUACCUCAUUGAACAUUAUGGAAACCCAAUCGUCAUCCUGGCGAUUCAUUGGACCCUCACGAUGUCAAUCAGCGCCACUGCAGUGAUUGAGUUCCUCGUUAAAGUAUUCUACGCUUACCGACUCUGGAUAUUGGGUGGCAGAAAGCUAUAUUUCCUCCCAGGGAUCAUUAUAAUCUUUGGGCUGGUCGCACUCGUCGGCGGUAUUGCCUAUGUUGUACUGAUAACUAAGAAUGGAUCUCUGCUUUACCUCCCCAAAAUCACUUGGCUGCUACUCUCGGCCUUUAGCUUCUCGUUGGUGGCCGACUUUCUCAUCGCCUCGAGCAUGACGUACCUUCUCCUGAAAGGACGGAAUAGAGGGUUGAAGUCAACGGACAACCUGCUCCGAAAACUUGUGACCUACACCAUCAGCACCGGGUUGCUCACGGUUAUUUGUACCCUCAUGGCGCUUAUUCUCGCUCAAGUUUACAAGCACACCUUUUAUGACGUCAUGUUCUACUUCCCGCUCAGCAAGUGUUACAUCAACUCCAUGCUGGCCUUCUUGAAUGUCCGCGACUCACUUCGGGGUAACAACACUAACAUGAUCUCCGUUAACCUGCGUGCCACGGGCUCUUCGAGAGAUCGUUCGACGCAGGACUUCGGCUCAUCCUCUGAGGUUCGUUCGAAAAUUGAGCGAUCUCAAAAGACGUCCAACGCCUUCCCAGCUUUUAAUACGCCGGAAGAUGCGACAGUUCAGACCAUUCACCACGCGGUUUAA